UGUAUGACGUUGAUCGUAUCAGUCUGAAACACCAUUGACAAUCAGUACUUGCUGCUUUCCUGCUUCAUGGUUUUUUUUUUGGUGCCGUAUAAAAAAGUGUGUUCUUGUUGUCGUUUAGAGAUCAAGAUCGAUUGAUACUCGGUUGUGCUUGCUUGAUGGCUCUUCAUUUAAGUGCUUUCUGCUUCAGCAGUGUGGCCUCGGGCUCUCGUAAUUCAGUAGGGUUUAAUAGUCAACGGGGUGUCAAAGCGUCGAGUUUUUCUUGCCUCUCGACUGCUUCGAUCGCUUGCUUGAAUCUGCAAGGAAAAGCAUUUCCUGGUGAUGGGGUGCCUGAAACAAAGGAAUCAUCCCUAGUGGUUUGUUUUGGGGAAAUGCUGAUUGAUUUUGUCCCAACUAUUAGUGGGCUUUCAUUGGCUGAAGCACCUGCAUUUAAAAAAGCUCCAGGAGGUGCACCUGCUAAUGUUGCUGUUGGCAUAGCUCGUCUUGGUGGCUCAUCAGCUUUUAUGGGGAAGGUUGGAGAAGAUGAAUUUGGAUACAUGCUAGCUGAUAUAUUAAAGGAGAAUAAUGUGAACAAUGAAGGAAUGCGUUUUGAUUGUGGUGCACGAACUGCUUUAGCAUUUGUUACGCUGAGAAGUGAUGGGGAACGAGAGUUCAUGUUUUACCGUAACCCUAGUGCUGAUAUGUUGCUUCAAGAGGCUGAAAUUGAUUUUGAUUUAAUUAGGAAGGCAAAAAUCUUCCAUUAUGGUUCUAUUAGUCUUAUUACUGAACCAUGCAAGUCAGCCCACAUCUCUGCAGCAAAAGCUGCGAAGGAUGCUGGUGUGAUUGUAUCAUAUGAUCCCAACCUGAGGCUUCCAUUAUGGCCGUCUGCAGAAAGUGCUAGAGAAGGAAUUUUGAGUAUAUGGGAGACUGCAGAUAUUAUCAAGAUAAGUGAAGAAGAGGUUUCUUUUCUAACUAGUGGGGAAGAUCCAUAUGAUGAUGCUAUUGUUCGUAAAUUAUUUCAUCCAAAUCUUAAAUUACUCCUUGUCACUGAGGGCUCAGAUGGUUGCAGGUAUUACACUAAGGAGUUCAAUGGGAGAGUCAAGGGUUUGAAGGUGGAUACUGUGGACACCACUGGUGCUGGGGAUGCUUUUGUUGCCGGAAUAUUAUCACAACUAGCUGUUGAUCUCUCCUUGCUUCAGAAAGAGGACUUACUGAGAGACGCUCUUAAGUUUGCUAAUGCUUGUGGUGCGCUGACUGUGAUGGAGAGAGGUGCGAUUCCGGCUUUGCCAACUAGAGAUGCUGUGCUGAAUGCCAUGCUUCAGUUUGCAACAUAGAUUUAUAUUGGAAUCUCUGUACUUAUCAGAUUCAACCGAUCUUCUAUAAGAACUCUUUGGUAAUCAAAAACACUCGAGAUGUAUGUCAACACAAUAGGUAUAACCUACGGGAAAAAAACAGCUAUACCGAAUACCUUGAGGGAUACAGCAGCGGGUUUGGCUUGGGUACAGUUCCUGUUGGAAUUGGAUGUCCCACAUCCAAUAGAGGCAACAUUGUUUAUUGUUAGUCAUCGAAGAUAAGAAUCCAACUUAGGAGGCAAAUAUAUCUAGGUUUUGAGGUUAUGCUAGUACUGAGACUGGAUAUAUGUUUUCUUAGUUUUUUAUGAAUUUUGGAGGAAGGACAAGAGAUUUUACUAUCAGAGAAGUUGGAUUAUAGAUUUUCCUUCCGUUUUCUCCCCCUGGUUAGCUAUGUUGCUCGGUUUAUUUUGGAUAAAUUAGUAGGUAAUUCAGUCGACCAGUAAAGCAAAGAAUAUAAGAUAGGAAAAUUAAUAAUUAAUGGACAACCCGCACUUGAUGAUCGAGGUUUUAGUCAUAGUUGCUCACGUUAAAAUAGUAUUUGAUCUCCAUGCAGCGAAUACAUAGGAAAUGUGAACGUCUCUGGGGCUGGGUCUGACAAUUUUAAGUUGUAAAUGAUUUUUAUUUUCUUGUUUUAAAUUGGGUUUUUACGACACCUUAAUUUUUGGAUUCAUUGAACACUUGUAACUACCAAGCAUCUAUUUAGGAGAGGUCUUUUACGAUUUCUUGGUUCUUGGAUCUUUUGAUUAUUCAGUACCAUCCUCUUCUUUAUUAAAAAAAGAAAAAAAAAAAAAAAA